GAAUCUCUUACCAAAGUGUCCACCCAUGUUGGAUAGACUGCACUCAACACGGCAGCAUCUGCAUCAGAUGUGGCAUGUGAGGAAGCUAAAACUGGACCAGUGCUUUCAGCUGAGGCUAUUUGAACAGGAUGCUGAAAAGAUGUUUGACUGGAUCAACACACAACAAAGGCCUGUUCUUAAACAGCUACACUGAGAUUGGAACAAGCAUCCACAUGCUAUGGAGCUUCAGACACAGCACAAUCACUUUGCCAUGAAUUGUAUGAAUGUGUAUGUAAACAUAAACCGCAUCAUGUCAGUAGCAAAUCGCUUGGUAGAGUCUGGCCAUUAUGCUUCUCAGCAGAUUAAGCAGAUUGCCAAUCAGCUGGAGCAAGAGUGGAAGGCUUUUGCUGCAGCCCUAGAUGAACGAAGCACCUUGCUGGAUAUGUCCUCUAUCUUUCACCAGAAGGCUGAGAAGUACAUGAGCAAUGUAGAUUCAUGGUGCAAAGCCUGCGGCGAGGUAGAACUUCCUUCUGAGCUGCAGGAUUUAGAAGACGCAAUUCACCAUCACCAAGGAAUAUAUGAACAUAUCACUCUUGCUUACUCAGAAGUAAGCCAAGAUGGAAAAUCACUGCUUGACAAACUUCAACGACCUUUAACUCCUGGCAGUUCAGAUUCAUUGACAGCUUCUGCAAACUAUUCCAAGGCUGUGCACCAUGUUCUUGAUGUCAUCCAUGAAGUUCUUCACCAUCAGAGGCAGCUAGAAAACAUCUGGCAGCACCGGAAGGUCCGUCUGCAUCAGAGGCUUCAGCUGUGUGUUUUCCAACAAGAUGUUCAACAGGUAUUGGACUGGAUUGAGAACCAUGGAGAAGCAUUUCUAAGCAAGCACACUGGCGUGGGCAAGUCUCUCCACAGGGCCAGAGCACUGCAGAAACGUCACGAAGAUUUUGAAGAGGUAGCACAGAACACAUACACCAAUGCUGAUAAAUUACUAGAAGCAGCUGAACAGCUGGCUCAGACUGGAGAAUGUGACCCAGAAGAGAUUUAUCAAGCAGCCCAUCAGCUUGAAGACCGGAUACAAGAUUUCGUUCGUCGGGUUGAGCAACGCAAAAUCUUGCUGGACAUGUCUGUUUCUUUUCAUACACAUGUGAAGGAGCUCUGGACAUGGCUAGAAGAGUUACAAAAAGAGCUGCUGGAUGAUGUUUACGCGGAGUCAGUAGAAGCCGUUCAGGACUUGAUCAAACGCUUUGGUCAACAGCAACAGACUACCCUGCAGGUCACCGUCAAUGUGAUCAAGGAGGGGGAAGAUCUCAUCCAGCAACUGAGGGACUCUGCCAUCUCCAGUAACAAGACCCCUCACAACAGCUCCAUCAAUCAUAUCGAGACAGUCUUGCAGCAGCUGGAUGAGGCCCAGUCUCAGAUGGAGGAACUUUUUCAGGAGAGAAAGAUCAAACUUGAACUCUUCUUACAAUUGCGUAUUUUUGAAAGGGAUGCCAUAGAUAUCAUCUCAGACCUUGAAUCUUGGAACGAUGAGCUUUCUCAGCAGAUGAAUGACUUUGACACUGAAGAUCUCACAAUAGCAGAACAGCGGCUCCAGCACCACGCAGACAAAGCACUAACGAUGAAUAAUUUGACCUUUGAUGUCAUUCACCAAGGACAAGAUCUCCUGCAGUAUGUCAACGAAGUACAAGCCUCGGGUGUUGAGUUGCUCUGUGAUAGAGAUGUGGAUAUGGCCACCCGAGUGCAGGACUUACUGGAGUUUCUUCAUGAAAAACAACAGGAGUUAGACUUAGCAGCCGAGCAGCAUCGGAAACACUUGGAGCAGUGUGUACAGCUGCGCCAUCUGCAGGCAGAAGUUAAACAGGUGCUGGGUUGGAUCCGCAAUGGAGAAUCCAUGUUAAACGCAGGACUCAUCACAGCCAGCUCAUUGCAAGAGGCUGAACAGCUACAGCGAGAACACGAGCAAUUCCAGCAUGCCAUUGAGAAGACACAUCAAAGUGCCCUGCAGGUCCAACAGAAGGCCGAGGCUAUGCUUCAAGCCAACCACUAUGAUAUGGACAUGAUCAGGGACUGUGCUGAGAAAGUAGCCUCUCAUUGGCAGCAACUUAUGCUCAAGAUGGAGGACCGGCUCAAGUUGGUCAAUGCCUCUGUUGCCUUCUACAAAACAUCAGAACAGGUAUGUAGUGUCUUAGAGAGCCUGGAACAGGAAUACAAGAGAGAAGAAGACUGGUGUGGAGGAGCUGACAAACUGGGUCCCAACUCUGAGACAGACCAUGUAACCCCAAUGAUCAGCAAACACCUGGAGCAAAAGGAAGCAUUCCUGAAGGCUUGCACACUUGCUCGAAGGAAUGCAGAUGUUUUCUUGAAAUAUCUACACAGAAAUAGUGUAAAUAUGCCAGGGAUGGUGACUCACAUCAAAGCUCCUGAACAGCAAGUGAAAAAUAUUUUGAAUGAACUCUUCCAACGGGAAAACAGGGUAUUGCACUACUGGACCAUGAGAAAAAGACGAUUAGACCAGUGCCAGCAGUAUGUGGUUUUUGAAAGAAGUGCCAAACAGGCUCUGGAAUGGAUCCAUGAUAAUGGAGAAUUUUAUUUGUCUACACACACAUCCACUGGUUCCAGUAUACAGCACACCCAAGAACUGUUGAAAGAACAUGAAGAGUUUCAGAUUACAGCAAAGCAAACCAAAGAGAGGGUGAAGCUGUUGAUACAGCUGGCUGAUGGCUUUUGUGAAAAGGGGCAUGCCCAUGCAGCAGAGAUUAAAAAAUGUGUCACUGCUGUGGAUAAAAGGUACAGAGAUUUCUCUCUGCGGAUGGAAAAAUAUAGGACUUCUUUGGAAAAGGCUUUGGGGAUCUCUUCAGAUUCCAAUAAAUCGAGUAAAAGCCUUCAGUUGGAUAUAAUCCCAGCCAGUGUCCCGGGAUCAGAAGUCAAACUGCGGGAUGCUGCUCAUGAACUUAAUGAGGAAAAGCGAAAAUCUGCUCGCAGAAAAGAGUUCAUAAUGGCUGAAUUAAUUCAGACUGAAAAGGCUUAUGUAAGAGACCUUCGGGAAUGCAUGGAUACAUAUCUGUGGGAAAUGACCAGCGGUGUUGAGGAGAUCCCACCUGGCAUUGUAAACAAAGAACAUAUUAUCUUCGGAAACAUGCAGGAAAUCUAUGAGUUUCAUAAUAACAUAUUUUUAAAAGAGCUGGAAAAAUACGAGCAGUUACCAGAAGAUGUUGGACAUUGCUUCGUUACUUGGGCAGACAAGUUUCAGAUGUAUGUCACCUAUUGUAAAAAUAAGCCAGACUCUACUCAGUUGAUAUUAGAGCAUGCAGGAUCCUAUUUUGAUGAAAUACAACAACGCCAUGGACUAGCCAACUCCAUUUCUUCAUACCUAAUUAAGCCUGUCCAGCGAAUAACAAAAUAUCAGCUCCUUUUAAAAGAGCUGCUCACCUGCUGUGAAGAAGGCAAAGGAGAGAUUAAAGAUGGUCUCGAGGUGAUGCUCAGUGUGCCAAAGCGAGCCAAUGAUGCCAUGCACCUUAGCAUGCUUGAAGGGUUUGAUGAGAAUAUUGAAUCUCAGGGAGAACUUAUCCUUCAGGAAUCCUUCCAAGUCUGGGACCCGAAAACUUUAAUUCGAAAGGGUAGGGAGAGGCAUCUCUUUCUUUUUGAGAUGUCCUUAGUAUUCAGUAAAGAGGUGAAAGAUUCCAGUGGAAGAAGCAAGUACCUUUAUAAAAGCAAACUCUUUACCUCAGAACUGGGUGUUACAGAACACGUUGAAGGAGAUCCUUGCAAAUUUGCACUGUGGGUAGGAAGGACCCCAACUUCUGAUAAUAAAAUUGUCUUAAAGGCUUCCAGUAUAGAGAAUAAGCAGGACUGGAUCAAACAUAUUCGAGAGGUGAUACAGGAAAGAACCAUUCAUUUGAAAGGAGCACUGAAAGAACCAAUUCAUAUUCCUAAAACAGCUCCAACUGCUAAACAGAAGGGACGAAGGGAUGGAGAGGACUUGGAUAGUCAAGGUGAUGGUAGCAGCCAGCCUGAUACCAUUUCAAUUGCCUCCCGUACUUCUCAGAACACCCUGGACAGUGAUAAACUGUCUGGUGGCUGUGAGCUGACAGUAGUGAUCCAUGACUUCACAGCAUGUAACAGCAAUGAACUGACCAUCCGCCGAGGCCAAACUGUAGAAGUUUUGGAGAGGCCGCAUGACAAGCCUGACUGGUGUCUUGUCCGAACCACUGACCGGUCCCCAGCUGCAGAGGGCCUGGUUCCUUGUGGUUCCCUUUGUAUUGCCCACUCUAGAAGCAGCAUGGAGAUGGAAGGCAUCUUUAACCACAAAGACUCUCUUUCUGUCUCCAGUAAUGAUGCCAGUCCUCCUGCUUCGGUAACAUCACUGCAGCCUCAUAUGAUUGGGGCGCAGAGCUCCCCGGGUCCCAAGCGUCCAGGUAACACCCUGAGGAAGUGGCUUACCAGCCCUGUGAGGCGUCUCAGCAGCGGGAAGGCGGAUGGGCAUGUGAAAAAGCUUGCCCAUAAGCAUAAGAAGAGCAGAGAGGUGCGUAAGAGCGCAGACGCUGGCUCUCAGAAAGAUUCGGACGACAGUGCUGCCACUCCACAGGAUGAGACAAUAGAAGAGAGAGGUCGGAAUGAGGGGCUAAGCAGUGGCACGCUCUCCAAGUCCUCCUCUUCAGGAAUGCAGAGUUGUGGAGAAGAAGAAGGGGAGGAAGGUGCGGAUUCAGUACCCCUUCCACCGCCAAUGGCAAUUCAGCAGCACAGCCUCCUUCAGCCAGACUCCCAGGACGAUAAGACUUCAUCCCGAUUACUGGUCCGUCCCACCAGUUCUGAAACACCCAGCGCAGCUGAGCUUGUCAGUGCCAUUGAAGAGCUUGUGAAAAGUAAAAUGGCACUGGAAGAUCGUCCUAGCUCACUAUUAGUAGACCAAGGCGAUAGUAGUAGCCCAUCCUUCAACCCUUCAGACAAUUCCCUCCUGUCCUCCUCUUCACCCAUUGAUGAGAUGGAAGAAAGAAAAUCCAGCUCUUUAAAGAGACGACACUAUGUUCUACAGGAAUUAGUGGAAACAGAGCGGGACUAUGUACGGGACCUAGGCUAUGUGGUCGAGGGAUACAUGGCACUUAUGAAAGAAGAUGGUGUCCCUGAUGACAUGAAAGGAAAAGAUAAGAUUGUGUUUGGCAACAUCCAUCAGAUUUAUGAUUGGCACAGAGACUUCUUCUUAGGAGAAUUGGAAAAGUGCCUUGAAGAUCCAGAAAAACUGGGAUCCCUUUUUGUUAAGCAUGAGAGACGGUUGCACAUGUACAUAGUUUAUUGUCAAAAUAAACCAAAGUCCGAACACAUUGUCUCAGAAUACAUUGACACAUUUUUUGAGGAUUUAAAGCAACGACUGGGCCAUAGACUGCAACUCACAGAUCUGCUAAUAAAACCAGUUCAAAGAAUUAUGAAAUACCAGCUGUUACUAAAGGAUUUCCUCAAAUACUCCAAAAAAGCUAGUCUGGACACAACAGAGUUAGAGAGAGCUGUAGAAGUCAUGUGUAUAGUACCAAAGCGGUGCAACGACAUGAUGAAUGUUGGUCGCCUACAAGGAUUUGAUGGUAAAAUUGUAGCCCAGGGUAAGCUGCUUCUACAGGACACAUUUUUGGUCACAGACCAGGAUGCAGGUCUUCUGCCUCGAUGCAAAGAGAGACGUGUUUUUCUCUUUGAGCAAAUCGUUAUAUUCAGUGAGCCACUUGACAAAAAAAAAGGUUUCUCCAUGCCAGGAUUCUUGUUUAAAAAUAGCAUCAAGGUGAGUUGUCUUUGCUUGGAGGAAAAUGUGGACAAUGAUCCUUGUAAAUUUGCACUGACAUCAAGAACAGGGGAUGUCCUGGAGACCUUUGUUUUACAUUCCUCCAGCCCAGGGGUUCGGCAAACAUGGAUCCAUGAAAUUAACCAAAUUUUGGAAAACCAGCGCAACUUUUUAAAUGCCUUGACUUCACCAAUCGAGUAUCAGAGGAACCACAGUGGUGGCAGCGGCGGCAGUAGUGGCGGUGGUGGCGGCAGUGGCGGCGGUAGCAGCAGCCCCGGUCCCAGCAGCAGCAACCACAGCGGCGGCCCCGGCAGCUGCAGCGGAAUCCCCAGCUCCAGCCGCAGCAGGCCGUCCCGGAUCCCGCAGCCUGUCCGACACCACUCCCCAGUCCUGGUCUCCUCUGCAGCCUCAGCCCAGGCAGAGGCAGACAAGAUGUCAGAGUGAAAGUAGCAGCAGUAGCAAUAUCUCCACCAUGCUGGUGACACACGAUUACACGGCAGUGAAGGAGGAUGAGAUCAAUGUCUAUCAAGGAGAGGUCGUGCAAAUUCUAGCCAGCAAUCAACAGAAC